ACCCCAGCCCGGCCCACGCCCCCCGGCCCUGGCCUCAACCCCGGCCCACGCCCCGGCCUGGCCCGGCCCCACCUUGGUGGAAGGAGGACUCUCAAGGGGCCUGCUGGGUGGACGGGUGGUCUCGAGGCCACCUGGAGGAAUGGCCAGGCCAGGCUUCCUGGUGGGAGGCCCAGCUUCCGCCCCGGGGCUCGCUGUCAACCAGCCAGCACCUGCUCGGCAGACCCCAGACUUAAAGCAGCCACACGCCGCUACGUGAUGCGCAUGAAGGAGUUUGAGCGGGAACGGAGGCUGCUCCAGCGGAAGAAGCGGCGGGAGCAGCGGGCGGCAGACGUGGCCCAAGGCCAGGGGCCUGGCGAGGUGGCCCCCGAGGUAGCCCUGUAGCGGACCCGCCCCCACCCUGUGGACCAGUCGAUAAAUAAAAGCCUCCGGGCCCCUCAGCCGGAA